GUGAGGAGGGAGCGGGGGUCGGGAGGCCGGCCCCGGGGCGGCGCCGACCAGGUAGAGGGGCGGCACCGCCGCCGCUCCCCGCCGAGCCGGCGCUACCUGGGCGGGCCGCGGCCGGGGCUCUUCCCGUCUGGCCCGGCCCCCGCCGCGGGAAGUGGGAGCCGGGAGCCGCGCCGGGACGGCCGGAGGGAGACAUGGGUCCGCCAGCAGCGCCGCCGGCCCGCCGGCUCCUCCUGGCUGUCUGCUGGCUGGUGGUCGCCGCGGGGAGGGCGGCAGGGGCAAAAGUUCUUCCACCUCCAUCCAACCUAGACUACUCGUUCAUCCAAAUCUGCACCCUGAACUGGACGUGGAACCCCCCAGAGAACGUCAGCGGUAGCUGUGACCUGGAGUAUUCCAGCGACAUCGUGAUUGAUGAGGUCCCUCAGGACAAAAGAGAAUGGAGUAAGAGUCGCUUCCGUGUGACGGAUACGUUCUUGAAUGAGGAAAUGCGUUUCAAAGUGAGAAGCGAAUGCAGGCAUGGCAACGGCAGCGCGCCCAGCCGAUGGGUGGAGACCUCCCUUCUGCCAACAGGUAUUCCAGGUACUGCUGCUGUUGGUUUGAGCUGUGUUUGGCACAAUUUGGAGUACAUGGAUUGUUCGUGGCGUCCUGGGGAGAAUGCAAGCAGCGAUACCAAUUACACGUUGUUCUACUGGUUUGAUGGUUUGAAAAACCCUAAGAAGUGCAACAACUAUUCUACGGACCAUGGAAGAUGCGUUUUCAAUCUUAGCUUCCCCAAGGUCACCAAUACUUACCCAGCUAUAAGUAUUUUGAUUAGAGAUGAUUCUGAAGACAUUAGGCCUGUGUGUGCAAGUAAAAAUCCUACCACCCUUGUAAGACCUGCUACGCCAAGACGACUUACACUGUCAAAGAUUAAUGAUGGAAUAUACGUAGAAUGGAGUGAAUCAGACACCUUCCCAGAAAAUUGUUUAUUUUAUGAAGUUGAAUAUCAUAAUGGUGAUUUGGACACUGCUCAGAUAAUUAAAGUUGAAAUUAAUUAUACAUCAAUUCCUAGCGUUGAUCCUAACAGCAAGUACACCUUCAAAGUGAGAGCAAAACCGAAGCCCGAGUGUUACAGCAGCAAGCUCUUCAGUGACUGGAGUGAAGAGAAGAGUAUUGGUGAGAAGACGGACUCUACAUUCUAUUUUGUUUUAAUAAUCACCAUUCCAUUAAUAGUAGCAGUAUCUACGAUAAUUCUACUAGUUUAUCUGAAAAGGCUGAAGAUAUUAAUUCUUCCACCAGUUCCGGACCCUAGAGAAAUUCUGAAGCGCAUGUUUGGAGAGCAGAAUGAGGAUUCCCAGAGCUGUGCAAAGGAUGAUUCUGUGAAUGCUUAUGACAGGUUAAAUAAGGAAGAAGAAAUUCAUUCUUUAAUUUUAACAGAAACUCCAGUGUCCGCUAAUUCUGAAAAAGAAAACCGAUAAACUCUGCUUUACCAGUGAAAGAUGAGGAAACUUUCAUUCCUGCUCCCGCACAAUGUAGAUGUGAAGAGGCCUGCAAGACAGUCACCAACUUUCACCUUACUGAGUCCCUUCGGAGCCUUACUUCUGUGAUGCUCAGAAAAUACAUCGCUAACAGUGGCCAUUCCUCCAUCUCUGCUAGAAAUACUCAUCUUGGAUCAUUGGAGAGUAGCGUGUACAUACCUUCCCUCUGACUGCAUCGCAGCAUCUCAUCAGCCCGGCUCCCACCCGCUCUGCCCUGUUACUUGUUGUUUGCACUCGUGUUUGUGCCUCACGUUAGACUGCAAAUGGAUUUUUUGGAGCAAGCACUGUGACUCCUCUGAAGCGUUUGGCUCAGUUUCGCAGCAGGUGAGACGGGGCUUGUUUACAGUAGAUGGCCCAUUAUCGCCACUGUGUGGAACUGCUGCCAGAGCGUGGACCGUUUGAGGAUGGCUGGUUCUGUGUGCUCCAGGGCAGGGCGCUUUCCAGAGGGCAUUGAUGGACUGACCUUUCACUUCUGGUUGAUGAGCGUCAGCUGUGGCCUGGUCAAACCCCAUAAAACAGGGUUGUUUUUUUCUUUUAAAAUGUGUAUGAAAAGCCUCUCCCCUUCCCAGCUGGUAUUCAGACUAUUCAUAGAAAAAGCUUAUUUUUUCAUCCUUUCAAGUGCCUGUUCUCAGAUGCCUUGCUUUCAUGAACUUCUUCUGUUCAUUGUACUUUGUUUAAAAUGAUAAAUAGAUAUUUUUUUUUUUUACCUGUGUUGUGCAGUGGCAGAUAAAUGUAUUGAGUCUCACCAGACUGUGAUUCUACUUUGGCCAUAUUGGCCUGAAAACACCUUGAUUUUUGGAAGCUAAGUCAUCCUGAAUCUGUCCAGCGAAAUUACCGGGAUGGAUGCACAAGUCUAAGGAGCUGUGGUCAAAUUGAUUAGCAAGUGCUAAGCCAGUGAAACCGAAUUAAUUCAAAGACUUCAUGACCUGUCCUUAUUGAGCUGAUGGGUUUGGGGGAAGAAGGGAUGACAACCUUGGCCUGCUUUAUAAGGGCUAAACUUCAUUGUUUCUAUAGUGAUGGGGCUGUGAUUUGAGCCUCCCUUCUAGGAACUUAGCAAUUUAAAGCAAGGUGCUAGUUUGAGUUUUGGUUUGUUUUGGGGUUUUUUUAAUUUUUUUUUUUUUUUUUUUUU